AUGGCGCUAUUGUCUAACACCAAUCAUACUCUUGCAGCCGCCAUGUGUGCAUGUGUGUAUACAUUCACACAGUUACUACUGUCCGGCAGCAACUUAGGCCAAGCAACAGCAGCAGCGGCAGCCGCCGCAGCAGCAGCAGCAGCGGCAGCCGCCGUGACCUCCUCAUCGACCUCGUCGCCAACGUGUUGCGAGAACGGACGACCGAUUGUGACGGACCCUUGUACCGGCCAGUCUACCUGCACCUGCCAACUGCACCCUGCCCUUCUGGCCACAUACCCACGCAUGCCUGCAUCCCUCAGGGAACAUAUCUAUACGACGACCGGGCUGUCCCCUUCUGCUUUACUCGGGACUGAACCCUCGGCGUUUUACGCACCACUGAAGCCGGUUCCCGCGACUGGUUACGACAUUGAACGUCCCACAGACUCCUGGAAAGCCCUAGCGGCGGGUUCGGCACCCGUUCCCCCAUCCUGUUAUACAUACGACCCAGCAGUUUUGGCGGCACAUUCCUACAGUAGCUAUUACCAGGCGCUAGAUUACAACAGCGCCACCAACCGGCGGAAAAACGCCACCCGGGAAACAACGAACGCUCUCAAAGCCUGGCUCUACGAGCACCGCAAGAACCCUUACCCGACCAAGGGUGAGAAGAUCAUGCUGGCGAUUAUCACCAAAAUGACCCUCACCCAAGUGUCCACCUGGUUUGCCAAUGCCCGGCGCCGACUGAAGAAGGAAAAUAAAAUGACUUGGUCGAGCAAGGACAAAGACGACGACGACGACGUGGUGGCGGCGGCGAAGGACGGCUCCGACCCACGGCAUGACUACUAUCCGGAUCGGGGUUCGGAUCCGAAGGACGACUCGUCGCUGUUUGAUGAAGAAGAAAGACUCGACGUUUCCGGUUUGGACGAAAAAGAUGGCGAAUCACCGAACCAGUUCCGACCGGAAGUCGUUCUGAAUGUUCGGGAUGACCCGGAGGAAAACGGAAACUUUAACAGUUCUUCGAAACGGCUUUGCUACCACCCGAUUUCGUCCCUGCUCAAUAUAGCAGGCCCAGCUCUGAGCAGUUCCUGCCACCCACAUCCAGAAAGAAACCCGUUUGUGUCUCCAGUUUCAUCGUCUGCAAGGAAAAUUGAAUGUGAACACGAUGACGACGACGAUGAUGAUGAUGCACGUGAUGUUGAUGUUCAUGGUGAUGAUGAUGAUGACGACAAUAAUCAUAAUAAUAAUAAUAAUAAUAAUAAUAAUAAUAAUGGUGACGAACGUGUUAAAGUCGAUGAUAAUGGUGAGCCUGAUGUUCGUGAUGGUAUUGACAGCGAAGAUGGCGAUAAUUAUAACAAGAUGGACGACAACAGCAAAACUGUAACUGAACCAUCUGUCGAGGAUGAAUCAAAUUCGAAUAGCAUGGACCAGAGUUCGACUCCAGCAACGGCCGCGUCUGCUCUGAUCGGCGCCAACAAAACGGGUCGCGGAGUUUUCUGCUCGUCCAAAGCAGACCCGGCGAAAUUCUUCGUUCAGUGCGGCCGUGACGUGACGAAAGAGAAACCACAGUCGAAAUCCGAGAGAAGUCAACUUCCGCUUCCGCUUCCAGCCGCGCCUUCCUCGACGAUGACGACAAUGACAACGGCGGCGGCGGCGGCGGUUCGGAUACAGGGUCCGCAAAAUACCAAACCGAAAAUCUGGUCGAUUUCAAAUAUUAUGGACAGCACACCUCCGAAAAUCUCACAAAUCAAGAAUAAUAAUAACAACAUGUGUAGUCUCAAUAGUAUUAGUAGUAGUAAUAAUGCUAUUAGUAGUAGUAGCAGCAGCAGCAGCAAUAGUAGCAGUAGUAGUAGUAGCAACAAUAGCUGUGGUGGUAUUAAUUGUGCAACGGGUAACCCUAAAUUGUUGGGCCAAAAUGAAGGGGUCGUUGAGUCACAUUCCUUGGGGUCCCGUCCCAGCAUCUUACACUACGACAGCGCGGUGAAUAGGGACCAGUUCUGCGCCCUACAAAUCUACCUGCCGCCGCACGAACUGUUCGGCAGCGGAAUGCCGCUGGCACGGUCGGCGCCCCACCCGUCUUCACAUCCGACACCCUUCCCGUCUUCACAACCCCCGUCACAUAUGUCUCACAACCACCAACAGCAUCACCACCACCACCACCACCAUCACAGCGAACUCGUGACCUUCGGAAACGUGUGCGGUGGCGGGGGCGGGGCGGCAGCGGUGACGGCGGCGGCACAGAGCCAUCCGCUCGAAACGCCACCUCACACACCACCCGAACAGCGGCACCAGAGCGGGGUUCAAUUUGAAAUGGAAGCAGCGCAAGAGCAAAUCCUCGAGGGACAAAACAAAGAAAGGGCCCGAAACGGUCAAAUGCACAGAUAACUGGGGCAAAUGUGAAGGGAGCACGCAAAAACGAUCCCCCCUCCCCCACAUACACACAAAAAUAAAGAAAUAUACACUGUGUUAUUUUAAAUUUUCCAUGACCCUCACCUCGAAGUGGGUCGGACAAAAUAUUUGACAGUCAACAUAAGAAUUGGAUUGUAAUAUAUAUAUAUAUAUAAUACAAAAGGCGUGGUGCUGUGGUCAAGAGGUUCGCUUUGCAACCACGUGGUUUCAAGUUCAGUCCCACCAUGUGGCCCCUUGGUCAAGUAUUCGCUAACUAUAGCCCCAGGCCAACCAAAAAGCUUUUUGAGUGAAUUUGGUAGACGGAAACUGAGUGGAAGACAGUCGUAUAUAAAUGUGUGUGUGUGACACAGAGGCUGUGUGGGUAAAUGUAUCUUUAUGUUUGAUACCCACACACCACUUGACUAUCGAUGUUGGUUUGUUUACGCUCCUGUAACUUAACGGUUCGGCAAAAGCCACUGAGAAAAUAAAUACCAGGCUUAUAAACGAAGCACUGUGCUCGAUUUGUGUGACUAAACGCUUGAAAGUGAUGCUCCAGUUUGGCCGCAGUCCAGCGAAUGAAGCAAAAUAUGGCAGAAGGAUAACAAUGGAGUGAUCCAUAAUCCAAAGAUUUUAUUAUCGAUUUUUAUGAACAAAAUUCAGAUUUUAAAAUAUCUAAAAUUUAAUAACUAAACGUUAAUAUGGAGUAAAUCUACACAUUUUAGCCGUCUGUGUAUGAAUUAAAUGUGUUAAAUACAUAAGACGGUCGUAAACGCUGGUCGUGGUUAUGCAAAAUCGCUGACAGUUAAUGAAGAAAAAGUAAUUGCUAAGGAGAAUACAAAGAUACUUGAAACGGCUGUCAAGUCGAUCCCUCUCUUCCAGUCCACUUUGAGGAUGUAUAAAUUGAUAGCCGCCCGCGACCGUCUUGUGAUCUUAUGCAUGUAAUAAAUCUCAUUUACAGAUUUAUGAUUAAUUUUCAAUUUCAUUUAUAAAUUUAAUUUAUAAAUAUUAUAAACGGUUAAAAUCUAUGGGUAUACUCCAUGGUAAAAUUUAGCAUGAAAAAUAAUCACUGCUGACACAUCAGUAAUUUAAAAAUGAAUGCAAAAUCAAUGUAUAAUGCCACGUUGUAAAAAAAGUAAAAGAACUAUCAAUGUUUUGAGCAUAAGCUCUUAUUCAAGAUAAAGAGACAUAUUACGAAAGGGAGAGCAAUAAAAAAUAUAUAUAUGA